GUAGGACAGCGCUUUCCGCGGCACAUGCGGAGGGCACAUGCAGCGUGGCUUUACCAGCACGUAGCUCCCUCGAAGCACAUGACUCAUCCAGCUCAGCUAGCCGCUCACACACCCGCCAAUGAACAUGCACGCUAGGAUCAAGAGGAAAAGAGAAAGCUAGAGAUCAUGGGCACGUUAGAGUGAGAUAAAUCCCCGUCAAAGAGAACAACAGAUGUUGACGGCUUCCCUAAAUCCAGUCACAUUUGCCAGUUUACCUGAAAACGUGAUUUAUGUGGGUGUGGAAGGGUGUGUGCUUGGCUAGGAGUGGAAGUGAAGUUUGACAGUCCCACAGAGAUGCUGAUGGCAAUGAGACACCACCACUAGGCAUACCCACUCACACUAGCUCAGGAACAGAGGAACACAGGACAGGUAGCAGCGCGCGGAAGGGGCAUCUGCACACCUGUGACAGACUGUAUUUCCGAACGACUAUUUGGCUCCGCUACGAAUGCUCUGUGCGAGAGAUACUUCGAGCUGCUCACUGUAUGCACUGGCAUUUCGUGACUUUUUUACCUGCUUUCACCAGACUUUAACACACUGACACAAACAGACUUUCUCUAAGACAAGAUUUCUGAAGACAGAGGAUCUUUGAAAAGCAUAUCAAGGAUGGAUAGUCCUGGGAGUGUGAUACUCUACGCUGGUACCAAUGGCAGUGCCUGUCCAAGCCCAGGAAGCCCUUCUAGUGGCUAUCAAACCCAGUCUCCAUCUUGCCACUCCCAGCCCUCUUCACCAGAGGAGGUCACCUUCACUGAGAUUGGGGCCCUCAAGCAGCAAGGAAGUAUUGGAUCGCCACCUUCUCCAAAACGGGUCUUUCAGUUCCCUGAAAUCUACAAUAACUCCACGGCAGGAUCAAACCCGCACAGCUACUCCCAUCCAAUCGCCGGUAAAAGGCCUUGUGGAUUCACUGGCACGUUUACCAAAACAGGAGGCAUGGUGCUCCUUUGUAAAGUAUGUGGAGAUAUUGCAUCAGGGUUCCACUAUGGUGUCCAUGCAUGUGAAGGCUGCAAGGGCUUCUUCCGCCGUAGCAUUCAGCAGAACAUUAACUACAAGAUGUGCGUGAAGAACGAGAACUGCCUGAUAAUGCGCAUGAACCGCAACCGCUGCCAACACUGCCGCUUCAAAAAAUGCCUGUCUGUUGGCAUGUCCCGCGACGCUGUGCGUUUCGGCCGCAUCCCCAAACGAGAGAAGCAGCGGCUUUUGGAUGAGAUGCAGAGCUACAUGAACAGCCUCAACGAAUCGUCCACCAUGGGCAUGGAAACCUCCCCACCACUUGAACCUCCUCCCAGCCCCAGCGAGAACCAAUCCAAAGAGGCUAUUGGUGCCUUAUCCCGAGCCUACCAGAACAUCUUCACAAACACGCAGGACCACCUAAGCAAGCGUGCGGGCAACAGCGGAACGAACACCUUUCAAAACAACCCUUCUCAGGACAGCAACUAUCCUCAUGCAAACUCUCUCGCAGGGUACCACGCAACUACCCAUGAAAGCUUCUCGGCACCGCCUAGCUGCCCAGUUGCUUCCAGCGACAGCAAAUGCCCGCUGUCAUUGGUGGACAACAGUCGGUAUAGCUACGCGCCUUCAUUCAUCCAAAAUCACUCCCAGUCUAGCGUUAGCCAGCCCUCACAACCCACUCACGCUGAUUACAACAGCUACGUGGCCGGCGAGUCCCAAAGCCAGGCCUCGUGUCCGUUUAAGUUGGCUGCUGGCUCCAAAGUGCUGGCCUGUCCGCUGAACGCAUGCCCCGUGUCAGCACCGGGCGUCUCCAGUCAGCAGGUGUGGGAGUCUUUCUCACAGUGCUUCACGCCGGCUGUACGUGAAGUGGUCGAAUUCGCAAAGGGCAUUCCAGGCUUCCAGGAGCUCUGCCAGCAUGAUCAAGUCAUGUUGCUCAAAGCAGGCACUUUCCAGGUUCUUAUGGUGAGGUUUUGCUCACUGUUCAACCACAAGGAACGAUCAUUGACUUUCCUGAAUGGGCAAACAUACCCGCUGGGCACCCUUAGGGGUCUGGGUAUGGGCUCCUUGCUGGACGCCAUGUUUGAGUUCAGUUCCAAGCUGAGCUGUCUGGACCUGGAGUCAGAUGAGUUGGCACUCUUCAUGGCUGUGGUGCUGGUUUCUGCAGAUUGCUCUGGCAUUUUGGAUUUUGUGGCUGUCGAACAGUUACAGGAAGGACUCCUCCGAGCGCUGCGCACCUUAGUCAACCGUCGCCGUCCCGACGACAACUCCCUCUUUCCCAAACUGCUCCUGCGUCUUCCAGACCUGCGCACCCUCAACAACCUUCACUCCGACAAGCUGUUGGCCUUCCGUAUCGAUCCCUGAGCUAUCAGUCGCUGCAGCUGGAACUCAACCAAAGGCCACGACUGGCCAAUCAGAGAACACCUUUCCUGGUUAAGAGAAAGACUGCUCAUUUUAGGGGGAGGCGUUGAGCGUGUUCCCAUAGGAACCAUUGGUUAUGAUGCUUGUUAAUGAGGAACACAAUGAACAGAUGGCUCUCAGCAAGCUCUAAACAAGACUAUAUCUUCAUUUAAGCUUUCACGGAUCAUUUUCAUACACGCAUUGCCCUUCUGUUCGGCUCGCCUGGAGAACAACGUUGAUUAUAUUUAUCCGAGGGGAAGUUUUGCCAGUCAUAUCAUCAUAAAUAAGCUCACCACAGAACUUUUGAAGACCAAAUAAACGGGUCGUUCCUCUUUACUGCCUGCAAAGUGAAAUACACAGUCUUUAGUCAAGUAGACCAUGUAUACAGUAGAAAGGUAAUUU